AUGGCUGGCUACAGGUCUGCCCUUGACCCAAAAGGUGACAGGGAACCACUGCUGGUAGUUGACGUGGGACAGGAUGGUCACAAGCCUUUUCAAAAGAGCCCUGAUGGCGGCAUUGCAGAUGGGCUGAGGGUUUUCUCUUUUGUGUCAGACACGGGCAUAGACCACCAUGCUCUGCUGGAGCAGUUCGAGCACCUGAACCACCUGAAUCCUGACAAGUUUGAAUCUACAGACUUAGAUAUGCUGAUCAAAGCAGCUACUAGUGAUCUGGAACACUAUGAUAAGACUCGACAUGAAGAAUUUAGAAAAUAUGAAAUGAUGAAGGAACAUGAAAAGAGAGAAUAUUUAAAAAACGCUGUGAAGAAAAAAGAAGAAUCCAAAUUUGAAGAAAUGAAGACAAAGCAUGAAAAUCACCCCAAAGUUAAUCAUCCAGGCAGCAAAGACCAGCCAAAAGAAGUUUGGGAGCUGACUGACGGCCUGGACCCCAACGACUUCGGCCCCAAGACGUUUUUCAAAUUACACGAUGUCAGUAAUGAUGGCUUCCUCGAUGAACAAGAAUUAGAAGCCUUGUUUACCAAGGAGUUGGAGAAAGUAUAUGACCCCAGAAAUGAAGACGAUGAUAUGGUAGAAAUGGAGGAAGAAAGGCUUAGAAUGAGGGAACAUGCAAUGAAUGAGGUUGAUUCAAACAAAGACCAAUUGGUGACUCUAGAAGAGUUUUUGAAAGCUACAGAAAAAAAGGAAUUCUUGGAGCUGGAUAGCUGGGAGACAUUAGAUCAGCAACAGUUCCUCACAGAGGAAGAACUGAAAGAAUAUGCAAAUCUAAUCUCCCUACAAGAAAACGAACUCAAGAAAAAAGCAGAUGAGCUUCAGAAACAGAGAGAAGAGCUACAGCGCCAGCAUGACCAGCUGGAGGCGCAGAAGCUGGAGUACCAUCAGGUUGUACAGCAGAUGGAACACACAAAGCUAGAACAAGAAAUUUCUCCAUCAGGGCCUGGUGGACACUCUCAGUUCGAGCCACGUAUGUCAUUUUUUUUUGCUUAUUUCUUUGCUUAAGGAAAUAAAAAUGCUGAAUAAACUGAAAUCCACAUUUGUUAUGAAUAUAAUUUCAAAUUAUUAAUAUCUAUGCUAUUUUCUAAACAUUUGUGGAAAUAAAGUACCUUGUAUUACAAAAAAAUGAAAAGGCUUCUAUACUAUUUUUAUGUAUCUGUACAUUUUAACAGCUGUGUAAUUUGAUACCCAUAUUUAUGAUGAGGUGAUAUAUUUCAA